CCUAGCUGUCCGCCCCUCGGCCUGGCUGGCCUGUGGCUCUGGCGGCGCUCCGCCCCCUACCCCUGGCUCCCGCACCUAGGAAGGGCGACUCUGGGUGAUCCGAACGCGAGAAUUAAGGGGGUGGGAAGGUGUGAGCCGCAAACUCCGAGGAGGGCGGGAAGGAGGAGGAGGCCCCGGGGGGUGAUCAGGGGAACAGGGGAUCCGUCGGCAGAGUCCGUCGGCCGCCGGACCGACGCGGGCUGAUCGCGGAGGUCUCGGGUCUGGACGCUUGGAGCGGGCGGCGCGGUGAGCGGAGCCAUGGCCUCCGGUGGGUAUAACCCAUGUAUAGAGAUAAUUGAACAGCCCAGGCAGAGGGGAAUGCGUUUUAGAUACAAAUGUGAAGGGCGGUCAGCAGGCAGCAUUCCAGGGGAGCACAGCACAGACAACAACCGAACAUACCCAUCUAUCCAGAUUAUGAACUAUUAUGGAAAGGGAAAAGUGAGAAUUACAUUAGUAACAAAGAACGACCCAUAUAAACCUCAUCCUCAUGAUUUAGUAGGAAAAGACUGCCGAGAUGGCUACUAUGAAGCAGAGUUUGGACAAGAACGCAGACCCUUGUUUUUUCAAAAUUUGGGUAUUCGAUGUGUAAAGAAAAAAGAAGUAAAAGAAGCUAUUAUAUCAAGAAUAAGGGCAGGAAUCAAUCCUUUCAAUGUUCCUGAACAACAGCUGCUUGAUAUUGAAGAUUGCGACCUCAAUGUGGUGAGAUUAUGUUUUCAAGUUUUCCUCCCUGAUGAACAUGGUAAUUUGACAACUGCUCUACCUCCUGUUGUCUCUAACCCAAUUUAUGACAACCGUGCUCCAAAUACUGCAGAAUUAAGGAUUUGUCGUGUAAACAAGAACUGUGGAAGUGUCAGAGGAGGAGAUGAAAUAUUUCUACUAUGUGAUAAAGUUCAGAAAGAUGACAUAGAAGUUCGGUUUGUGUUGAACGAUUGGGAAGCAAAAGGUAUCUUUUCACAAGCUGAUGUACACCGUCAAGUAGCCAUUGUUUUUAAGACUCCACCAUAUUGCAGAGCUAUAACAGAACCAGUAACAGUAAAAAUGCAGCUGCGGAGACCUUCUGACCAGGAAGUUAGUGAAUCCAUGGAUUUUAGAUAUCUGCCAGACGAAAAAGAUACUUAUGGCAAUAAAGCAAAGAAACAAAAAACAACUCUACUUUUCCAGAAACUGUGGCAAGAUUGUGUUAAUUUUCCUGAAAGACCUAGACCUGGUCUAGGAUCAACUGGAGAAGGACGAUUCAUCAAAAAAGAAUCCAACUUUUCUCAUGGUGCAGUUUUGACAGAUAUGUCCAGGACCUCAGGCAUUUCAAGCCAAGCAGACUCCUACUAUUCCUCGUCUGUGUCCAUCUCGAGUGCGUUGUCACAUCAUACUUCAGCCAUACCUGCAAUGGUAUCUCAGCCUUCAAGCUGGUCUUCAGGGGCCCACCCCACCUCACGCUCAGUCAACACAAAUCCACUGAGUAGUUUUUCAACGGGGACACUUUCCUCUAAUUCACAAGGUGUCUCACCAUAUCUGGAAAUACCUCUUGUGAGUGAUUUGAAUGCCUCUAAUGCUUGCAUUUAUAACAAUGCUAAUGACAUAGGCAGAAUGGAAGCAUCAUCCAUGUCAUCAGCUGAUUUAUAUGGUAUUUCUGAUGCCAACAUGCUACCGAAUUGCCCUGUGAAUAUGAAUGACAGCAUGAGGGAGUCUGAUAAUCCAAGACUUGUGAGCAUGAAUCUUGAAAACCCCUCAUGUAAUUCAGUGUUAGACCCGAGAGACUUGAGACAGCUCCAUCAGAUGUCCUCUUCCAGUCUGUCAGCAGGCGCCAGUUCCAGUACUACGGCUUUUGUUGCACAGUCCGAGGCAUUUGAGGGAUCUGAUUUCAAUUGUACAGAUAACAGUAUGAUGAAUGAGUCAGGGCCAUCAAACGGUACUAAUCCAAACAGUCAUGGCUUUGUUCAUAGUCAGUAUUCGGGUAUUGGCACUAUGCAGAGUGAGCAAUUGAGCGACUCAUUCGCGUUUGAAUAUUUUUAAGGUAACUUGUGCGAUUUAAAUGGUUACUCAAGAUUUAAAUCCUUUGACAUGUUUGUAACCAUUUUUAUGUUACCUAUAUAG